AUGGCCAAGCUGUUUGACGCCGCUGAAGUCGCAAAGCACAAUACCCCAGAAAGCUGCUGGGUCGUCUUGUACGGAAAUGUCUACGACGUCACAGACUUUCUUACCUCUCAUCCCGGCGGUUCUAGGAUUAUCCUGAAGCUCGCCGGUCAAGAUGCAACCGAGGACUACGACCCUGUUCAUCCGCCUGGCACUCUCGAGGAGAACCUCAAGCCAGAGGCCAAGUUGGGCCAAAUCAACCCCGAGACUCUUCCAGAGCCAGAGUCUACACCAGAAGCCGAGAUGCCGUCAGACGAUUAUCGCCCGCCGCUAGAGUCCCUACUGAAUCUGGACGAGAUUGAGGAAGAGGCAACCAAGAGAAUUCCCAAGAAGGCCUGGGCGUACUACUUUUCGGCGAGUGACGACUUGAUAACCAAGACGUUCAACAACUCAGUAUAUCGCGACAUCUUGCUGCGGCCGCGCAUGUUGGUCGACUGCACGGAAUGUGACUUGUCCACCACAUUGCUCGGCAACAAAGUCGGGGUUCCGUUCUUUGUUGCACCAGCGGCAAUGGCACGAUUGGCGCACCCAGAUGGUGAGCAUGGCAUCGCCAAAGCCGCUGCUCGCUUCAAUGCCUUGCAAGUCAUCUCGAAUAAUGCUUCCAUGACUCCAGAACAAAUCGUGGACGGCGCCCCGUCAGAACAAAUGUUUGGCUGGCAGAUUUACGUUCAGAACCAGCGAGACAAGAGCGUGGCCAUGCUGAAGCGAAUCAAUGCCAUGAAGGACCGCUUCAAAUUUGUCUGCUUAACCCUCGACGCUCCUGUGCCGGGUAAGCGUGAGCUGGAUGAAAAGUCCAACUUUGAGAGGGGCAACAAUGUCCAAGCGGCGGUGACCAAUGGCGGUGAUGCUCAGCGACCCGGCGGAGGCGGCGUUGGCCAGCAGUUGUUCUUUGGAACUGCGUGUGAUUUGACCUGGAAGACAACCCUGCCUUGGUUAGCACAGCACACCGACUUGCCCAUUGUCCUCAAGGGAAUCCAAACUCAUGAGGAUGCUUACUUGGCAGCUCAACAUGCUCCUCAGGUGAAGGCCAUCAUCUUGUCCAAUCACGGCGGAAGGGCCAUGGAUACUGCUCCCCCUGCUGUACACACACUACUGGAGAUUCGCAAAUAUUGCCCCGAGAUAUUCAGCAAGAUUGAGGUCUGGGUGGAUGGCGGUAUCAGGAGAGGGACUGACGUUGUCAAGGCUCUGUGUCUCGGCGCGAAAGCAGUCGGUCUUGGACGCGCUGCUCUUUUCGGUUUGGGGGCUGGAGGCCAGGCAGGCGUGGAACGAACACUAGAAAUUCUCGAGGCUGAGACUGCCACAUGCAUGCGACUGCUCGGGGUAAAGAGGAUAUCGGAGCUAGGACCCAAAUUCAUCAACAGUCGACGUGUGGAGAGAGACAUUUACGACGGGGAACCGGGGUUGGACAAGCGGGGUUUGUGGACAAAGUCAAAGCUUUAA